AUGAACCAAGAACGUGAUAAGUUGAGAAUUCAGCAAAAUUUAGCUCAAUUUUCUGUCCAUGAUGGUAUAAGUUACGAACCAGUUCAGCUUCGAAGUUCUAGGAAUGGGAAUUCAUGUUACGAGUCAUCUGAAUUAUGUUCAGAAAUGCUUAGUUUUUCGGCAAAUUCGCAAGCUUUACUGGGGCAUAAAGAUGAAGUAAUGGUACAGGAAUCUAAUAGACGGGUUGUUGAGGCUUCUCUUGGUAAUUUUUCACGCCCAAUGUCCUCUACCUUCAAUCCUUCAGCCACAGUAAGUUGUGAUCCACAAUGUUUUAGUACUUGGAAAAACGUUGGUUCACAAUCAGGCAGUGAUUGGAUGGCCGAUCCGUGCCCAAUGUUAGUUGGAACUCUCUCUGGUCCGUUGAAAAUGAUCCACAAUGGUUAUCUAGAAUCAAAUUCUUCGUUGAUCAAUCCUUUGGCUGAUGUUUCGACCCAAAAUGGCCAAAAACCUUAUGGGAAUCUGCAUUGUAAUUCUUCAUUUUACCAAAAUUCACUAGAUGAUGUUGCUCCAGCCAAUAGUCAAAUCACUGGCCUAAAAUUGGCUUCCUUUAGGCAAAAUAAUGACGAAGAAACUAGCCAAGGUCUGUGGGCAGUUGGUGGGGGUGAACUACUACUACUUCCGGGCUACGCUGAUCAAUUGCGCCUUAAAAGUGGAGUGGAGUGGUAUGGUGGAUUGGAAUAUGGAGAAAAUAAGAAUAUAGAUAGAGACCACACUAUAACUGCUAAUGAUAAUUCCAAUUCUCAGGCCCUCUCUUUGUCACUUUCAUCAGUACCAUCACCUAAAGUACACGUAGAGCAGACUGUUGAAAGAGACAUUUCUGCAGAUUUGCACUCCAGAAAUGUUAGUAACAACCCAAAUUCAGAGGCCUUGAAUUCUGCAUAUUUUUCUUCCAAUCCAAAAUUUUCAUUUGAUAGUAAAAUUUCUGAGAGUUUUCCGCAACAAAUGUUGGGAAAUUCGAGUUUUGCCCAUCGAUAUCCUGGCCCACUUGGUCCCUUUACUGGUUAUGCAACUAUUCUCAAAAGUUCAAAAUUUUUGAAGCCAGCACAACAGCUGAUGGAUGAACUUUGCAAUGGUGUCAGUGCUAAGCACAUUGAAAUGCACGAGGCUUCUCCUGACAAAACUCUUAAAGAAGUUGGGGCUUCUGGUGAUAGUGUCUGUGCUCUUGGAACGGUACUAACAGCAAUACCUGGUGAUUCUGACGGAUCGUCCUUUACAUUUCAUUGUUCAAAUGGGAAGAGCCAGGAGCCUGAAGGUAUGAGCAGCAAAAUAGAUUCUCACUGGCCUGAAUAUUUACAGAAGAAGGCUAAACUGUUAUACAUGAAGGAUGAGGUUUGCAGAAGGUAUAAACAGUAUCAUCAGCAGAUGCAAAUGGUAGUUUCAUCCUUUGAACCAGUCUCAGGUCUUGCUGCAGCUACUCCAUAUAUCUCUUUAGGUCUAAAGACAGUCUCCAGACACUUCCGUUGUCUAAAAAAUGCAAUAGCCGACCAACUCAGAAGCAUAAGUAAUGCCUUGGGAGAAGAUUUGUCGUCCCCCACUGUGGGCACAAGCAGUAGUAAAGGUGAUACUAGUGGUUCAAGGUUAAAGUUCGUGGAUAAAAGCUUUCAAAAGCAGAAAGGUGGGUGCUAUACAGGCUUUCUUGAUCCCCAACAACACGUCUGGAGGCCCCAGAGAGGCCUACCAGAACGUGCAGUGUCUGUUCUUAAAGCUUGGCUUUUUGACCAUUUCCUUCAUCCAUAUCCUACAGACACUGAUAAGCAUAUGCUGGCUACUCAAACCGGCUUAACCAGAAACCAGGUUUCUAACUGGUUUAUCAAUGCUCGGGUCCGUGUAUGGAAACCCAUGGUUGAAGAAAUACACAUGCUAGAAACCAAAGGAAUGACAGAAACCGAAUCAAAUGCUUCAAAAACUGAUGGGAAAUCCCAAACUGAAGGUUCUGCUCAGUUGAAUGGCAUCCCAUCUUUCAAUACACGUGGCAUAACUGCAGAUUCUCAUAAGCAAAUGGAUUGCUCAAGAAUUAGCCCAUCAGAGUGCCAAGGGGAUGGGCCGAGUGCAGAAUUAUGGACUCAGGAGAAGCGUUCAAGAGUGGAGUAUCAUAUUCCUGGUAGCAUGGAUGGAUCAUUCAUGGGUUUUGUGCCUUACCACCAGGGUGGACUGGAAAUUGGAGGUCUAGGUGCUGUGUCUCUAACUUUGGGUCUCAGGCAAAGCGCGGAGAGUGCCCAACAACUGCAGCCAGAAAAUCAUCUGAGACAGCAAAUUGGGGGCCAGAUCAUUCAUGAUUUUGUAGGUUGA